CCUUCCUUUUUUCCUCCCUCCCCUCCUUCCCUCCUUCCUGUCCUGGUUCAGCUCCUCAGACUUAGCUGCCUGUCCCCAAUCUUUUCUCCCACCCUCUCAACCCCAAGGUAGAAAGGGGGGGUGCUGCUAAGAGGCCCGGGCCUCACCAGGUGUUUGAGUCCUUGGGCCAGAGUCCUUUGCUGGAAUCUCCAUGCCCCAGAGUUCAGAUCCAGAGGGCUCCUCCCUUGGCAGGCCAGGGUCCAGAGGAGGCAGGGGGCUUCUGACUUGAGCAGGAGGCUGAAACCUACAAGAUGCCAACUGUCCAUCAGAGCCCCUGCAACCCUUGCAGCCUUCUCUUCCACAGGCUGGAUCCUGUGUAAAUUGCCCCACCAUCCCUCGCUGCCUCGAAAUCAUAAAUUCUCACCAACAUAAACAGGAGUCGAUGUGUCCAGGAAAGACUUUCCCAGUUCUUCCCUCCUUGCUCUCACUCUCAGCUUUGAUCUCCUUUUUUCUAGUGCAGUUGUAUAUGUAUUUUCCCUUUCAGGCAAAAAUGCUGCAAAAAAGUUCUCCCAAAAGGGAGCUCCUAAGGGGAGGGGGAGGAGGAGGAGGAAGAGGAGGAGGAGGAGGAUGGCAGAUGCAUGGCCCUUGUGCCCACUUGAACUUUUACCACUGCACCCCAAUGCCCCACCCCUUCCCCCAUUAUACCUUGUUGCUCCCAUACCCCAGCUCCCCCAACCCAAGACUCUCAAUCCCACUCUCCCUGCUCUGAACACCAUCUGCAAUGCCUUCCUAUUUCUGCUUGUCUGGUUAUUGGGAAAUAUAUGCAUGUACUACUGUGGGGAUGGGGGACUCUCCAUGAAGUGCCAGACCAGGAUUUCCUACAGGAUUUCUGGGAAUUCCCUGAGCUGGGAGGGAGCUCCUCCCAUGGAGGAAUCAGGAUGUGAUUUUCAAAGGGAACAGAACUGUACAGAUGAAAUCAGACUGGAAACACACAGGAGUCUGUCCAGCCCUAGUUCUGGCCAAAGCACAGCUAAGUUAGCUGGUGCUGAGAGACCAGACCGUCCUACAGAGGCAGCUGUCCUUCCCUGCCCUCCCCCUAGGUCCUGCUGGUGGGCACCCCACCCUCCUUGCACCUCCACAUCAUGCCCCCCCAUAUAUGUUUCAAAAAGAAAUCCAAGUCUCACUUCCAAAGCCCACACUUAGUCUCAACUAGGGAAUCAACAGAAGCAAAAGCGAUUUUUUUCCCCCUUCUUGACAUCUGGCUUGCGAUUGGCUGGAAGGGGGUCAGCUGACUUUGUCAUUUUGUCUGUCCUGGAUUGGAGCCGUCCCUAUAACCAUCUAGUUCCGAGUACAAACUGGAGACAGAAAUAAAUAUUAAAGAAAUCAUAGCCCGACCAGGUAAAGGCACAGGGAUGAAUUCCUACUUCACUAACCCUUCCUUAUCCUGCCACCUCGCCGGGGGCCAGGACGUCCUCCCCAACGUCGCCCUCAAUUCCACCGCCUAUGAUCCAGUGAGGCAUUUCUCGACCUAUGGAGCGGCCGUUGCCCAGAACCGGAUCUACUCGACUCCCUUUUAUUCGCCACAGGAGAAUGUCGUGUUCAGUUCCAGCCGGGGGCCGUAUGACUAUGGAUCUAAUUCCUUUUACCAGGAGAAAGACAUGCUCUCAAACUGCAGACAAAACACCUUAGGACAUAACACACAGACCUCAAUCGCUCAGGAUUUUAGUUCUGAGCAGGGCAGGACUGCGCCCCAGGACCAGAAAGCCAGUAUCCAGAUUUACCCCUGGAUGCAGCGAAUGAAUUCGCACAGUGGGGUCGGCUACGGAGCGGACCGAAGGCGCGGCCGCCAGAUCUACUCCCGGUACCAGACGCUGGAGCUGGAGAAAGAAUUUCACUUCAACCGCUACCUGACUCGGCGCCGGCGUAUCGAGAUCGCCAACGCGCUCUGCCUGACCGAGCGCCAGAUCAAGAUCUGGUUCCAGAACCGCCGGAUGAAGUGGAAAAAAGAAUCAAACCUCACAUCCACGCUCUCGGGGGGUGGCGGAGGGGCUGCGGCCGACAGCCUGGGCGGAAAAGAGGAGAAGCGGGAAGAGACUGAAGAGGAGAAGCAGAAAGAGUGACCAGGACUGUCCCCGUCACCCCUCUCCUCUUCCCCUCUCGCUCCUCCCAACUCCCUGGGCAUCACACUCUGUAUUUAUCACUGGCACAACUGGUGUGUUUUGACUCCCUAUGGGCAAAGUAGGGAGGCAAAAAUGGACCUGAAAAGUCCGCUCUGGCCCCUCUCCCUCCGCACAAACUCUUCUCUCCACGCGCCUCCUUCUCCUCGCUCCCUCUCUAGCUUGCUUUCCGCUCGCCCGCAGGACCCUUCCCCCGCCCAGGCCUGGGGCACAGCUCCUGAACCUUGCUGUGGACCCCCAGGUCUCCCUCCAAGUGAGGACUUGACCUCCCUCUCCCUGGCAGUCCUCCCCCCCACCCCCUUUCCUGAGCUCAGAGCCUGCUCUGGGACCCUGGGCCUCCGCUUUGGGGCCUCAGGGUCUGGCCUGGCAGCUGGGGAAGGUGGGAGGCCCAGGAAGCCCCGUGGAGCCCCCCCCAGGAGCCCCCAGGCCUCUCCGUAACCCCUGCCCGGCCCGCUGCCCCAGCAAAUGUCCAGUCCAGGCGAAUUGUAUUUAAAGAAUGGGGGGUUCAUUAUGGCAUAUUACAAACUGUGACCGUUUCUGUGUGAAUAUUUUUAGCUGUAUUUGUGGUCUCUGUAUAUUUAUAUUUAUGUUUAGCGCCGUCCGUGUUCCAAUCCCAUCACUUAAAAAAAGGAAGAAAAAAAGAGGGAAAAUCAUAAAAAGAGAGAAAAAAGUGAAUGACGUUUGUUUAGCCAGUAGGAGAAAAAAAUAAUAAAAACCCACCCUCGUGUUACCCUCCUGUAUAAAUUCGACCUCUGGAUCCGUUCUCGAAUAUUUAAUAAAACUGAUAUUAUUUUUAAAAGUUUA